AUGGUGCGCGUGCCCGGAUCUUCUGGUGACUCACAGGGAUUUCACCGUGAGUCCGACGAAGAUGCCACCCAGAUCAAAUUGGAACCUGGGAUUGAGGUCUCGGGCGGCGCAAGCCGAAAGAACUUCAUCCACAAACACCCCGUCGGCCUCGCGCGAUACCGCAAAGAAGAAGAAGCCGAAGUCAGCUCGAAGCAGUUGAAGGCGCCUGACUCCGACACGGAGGACCGCGGUGACCAACAAUGGACCAACGAAGAGCUGGCUCAGGCCUUCUGCAAGAAGGACCUCUUCUCGUUUUUAUUGGACGACCCAGUGAUGAAAAUCCUAAACCCGACGUUGAUCGGAGAACUCCAAGGGCCCACGAUGGAACCAGCGGAGACGCCCCGACAGCUGGAGGCGGCGACUCAACUCUUGCGAAUACUGAAAGACGCAGGCAUCACACCAGGGGCGUUCAACGCGAGUGAGAUCUUCGAUCUCGAGACGUCGGUGAUCCAACACUCUGCGAGAGUAUUGUACGAGAAGUUGGAGCCGUUGGUCGGGUCGAUCACGCAACCGGAGACGGUCAGGCUGACGCCGACACGCAGCCCGGUGUAUCAGACAGGGUCGUCGCAGUACGCGUCGGCCACGUCGGAAGCAGAGUCGGACAGCUCCGCUGAUCUGCAGCGGAUGACGCUGGGUCCGAAUCCAGAGCAGAUGCAGACCUUCUUCAAUGCAGCCAUGAGCCGAUACCUCAAGGAGACCCAAACCGAAGGGUUAACGCCAACGGCCGGUCGGCACACGACGACCAACCAAGAUGUGGAGAUGGAAUCAGUGGAGUCCCAUCACGGCUCACACGGCGAGUAUGAUCCAGACAACCUGAACAUCGACACACCUCGACAAGCAGUGAUCGCAUCCGCAGGAGCAGCCUCUGCACCCUCGACGACGACGCCACGUAUACGAGUGUCGGCGAUAUCGGAGCUGAAGGAAUACUCCGGCAAAGAUCACGACGGGGAUCGGGCGAGGGGUUGGCUGGGCGAAGUGCAGUCCGCGUUCGUCCGCGACCAAGCUCCAGACAGCGAAAAAUGGAUCCGCGUGGCGGAAGACAGCAGUGAGUCGGAAUCGGAUGUGAACACGUCGGAUCAGGAAGACUACUUGGCAGAAGCCAAAGACCGAGAGAACCACUCGAUCACGCCGACGCACAGAGACGCAGCCGACCAUCCCACAAUGUCGCAGAAGAACUCCAAGUCAACCGGCAAGAUCAACAACGAAAAGGCCACGCUCCUCUUCGACUCUGGAGCUGAAGUCUCCAUUGUGGAUUCUACCUUUGCUCAAGGACGUGCCCGGAUCAAGAUCACGCUCGCGGGAGCGUACGUGUACUACUUCGACGUUUGGGUCGGAGACCUGUCAAGGCAAGAAGCGAUAUUGGGGAUGGACUUCGUGCUCUUCAGCGGGAACUCAAGGUUGAUCACCUUCGAUCAGCUCCACAAAAUUCCUGUUGCAGAAUCGGUGGAGAUUGCCAUCCGCAGAUCGGCGUCGGACGGACAGAAGCUGUGCGUCACCCGUGAAGAACAGUGGAUACCGACCGCAGUCAAGGGCCUCGGCAGUACGCAGUACCUGCGCAUAACAAAUGUGUCAGAACGACCUGUGACGUUACAACGCGACACUCGAGUUGGAAUCUGGAAGGAGACCACGUACCGCGGAUACCAGGGAUCGUCUCGAUCGGGUCCCAGAGAUACGCUGAUGCUUCAAUACGAGCCGCCGACCAAGAUCCUAGCGGGUAGACGAGAACGCCCGAAGGCGAUGAUCGUCAUGUCGGCGUUGGCAAGGGAGUCGACCACUGCACCAGAUAUCGCGGGCGAAAAGCCGGCAGGGUUUCAACCGAAGGAAAAGGGUCGGAGCGAUACGACCGAACCGACGGGAGAGAUCAGGGGUGAUCGAGAACAGCCUCGAUCAACGGAAUUAGGAGGAACACAACUUGAACCGAAGGAGGAAGCUGACGAUGGCAUGGACGACGCUGUCUGCUACCAUGAAGGUGGAGAUAUCUUCCCUGAAGACAUCGAGAACAACAUGGCUGUACUGCUGGAAGAACGCGAGCGACUGCGUCGCAUCAUCUGGAAGCGACGCCACUUGCUGAUCGGACCUGGUAACGCCUUACCACCGGCCCCCUUCGGAGCUAUUUGCGACAUUGAAGUCGGAACGGCAAAGCCGGUAGCCCAACGAUGUCGACGGGUAGCACUACAAUUCCGCGAUAAGCUGUCAAUGCUCAUCAAGGGACUGUUGUCGGCAAAGAUCAUCAGCACCCCCACCUCACCUUGGGCGUCACCCAUCGUAGUCAUCAUCAAGGCUAACGGGGUUGACAUUCGCCUCUGCAUUGAUUACCAGGUGAUGAACAGCCUUACAAGGUUGAUGGUGUACCCCAUGCCGUUGAUCAACGACCUCCUCGAAGGCUUGGACAAAGCGCUCUGGUACGGUUCCCUCGAUAUGGCUAGUGGCUUGUGGGUGGUGUCAAUGACACCACGAGCAAAGCUGGUGUCAGCGUUCAUCACACCUUUUGGGUUGUUCGAGGGGACGCGGAUGCCGUUCGGGUUAAAGAACGCUCAUCCGAUUUACCAACGAAUCGUCGACAACGCGUUGUAUGGCCACAUGCGCAUCAAGCCCGAUCAAGAUAGAUCGAGCCCUGUUGAUGUCUUCGAGGAAGGAGACCCGGAACCUAAGCCCAUGUGCAACCGGGUCGACAAACUGCUCGAUGUUUGUGAUCGGUGGAACUUGUCGAUCAGCGUAGCCAAGAGCUACUGGGGUCGACGCAAGGUAGCGUAUCUAGGACAUGAAGUAUCCUCAGCUGGGCUUGAAUCGAAACCGAAGGAGCUCGACGCAAUCGCCAACCUCCCGUUCCCCAUCAAGUUGAAGGCGAUGCAGUCGUUCCUCGGAAGCUUGAACUAUUACAGCCGCUUCAUUGAGGACUUCGCAGUCUAUGCCGCGAUCUUGUACGAGCUGCGGGAAGCAGACUUCCAUGAAAUCGCCAAGAUGGACACAGAGGAGACGCAGGCCGAGGAUGGUCAAUUAACUGGGGGCGAGCGUGACAUGUGGGUGAGGGGGAAGAACGCUUUCACCAUGCCGAAGGCGAAGAUUAUUGCCACACCGGUCCUGAAGCACUUCGACCCAGAACGCACUCCUAUUAUCGUGCUUUACGCGAACAAGUGGGCCAUAUCAGCGGCAUUGAUGCGGGAACACGAAGAUGUGUACCAUCCAGUGACCUUCAGCAGUCGCACGCUGAAGGCAAACGAGCUCAACUAUGGAGAAGGUAUUGGCGCUUCUGCGAAUCUUGGACGUCUGUUACUCACAGCUGGUUACCAGAUCGAUCAAGGUCUUGUCACGAUCCUAGACAUUGGCCUGGUUGCUCAAGUCGAAUGGGUGCGACGGUCGACUGGGUAG